AUGACGACCGAGCCGAGUGCAGACGCAGCGGCGCCUGAACACGACGACGCCUGGGAACCUCAGGACCCCUGGGCAGCUCACGAUCCCUGGACGACGUGGCGGACCGGGAACAGUGACGAGGGCGAGACAAGACCGCCCGGCGAGAACCACGGCGCCGAUGUGAACGCAGCCGAUGGCCACCGUGAUGGGACCACUGUUCACCCAGUGGACAGUGGAUGGGGCGCGGGCUCUACACCGGCCAAUGGGGAGGCUAGUGUGCGUGGGCCUACGAGGUGGUCACCUGAAGCUUGGCAACAGUGGCAGAUGGGAACGUGGCGCCCCGAGAUGGGCGGGCAACUCGAGGACGGCGGCGGCAGCACUCGCCGCAUCUCGGUGGACACCAACCAGUCCACCAUGACUACGAGCGAGGGAGGCCGCCAGAACACCAUGUGGGGACACGGCGGCUGGCAGCACACCUGGCAUGGAGCUAGCUGGGCCGCAAGGGGCCACGGCGCGGGCGCUGGGGCGGCCAGUACCUCUACCACGGCCCCGUCGACUCCCCCCGGUACACGACCAGGACCGAGCGCUACGGCAUGGACGGGCACUACCUCUACGAAUGGACCGGCACGGACGGGCGGAGGUCACGAGGGAAGUGGAGCACGGGGCCCCUCGGAGAAACUACUGAUACCGUCGUUCAGUGGAAGUGGCGAGGGCGCGGAGCUGGGCACGAGCGCAAGGAGUUACAUCCGACAGAUAGCUGCGUGGGAGAGAAUGACGAAGCUGAUGCCCAACCAAAGGGCACUUGUGCUCUACCAGCACCUGGAAGGCGCAGCGUGGGUGAACGCCGAGGCCCUCGAUGUGGAAAAGCUCAGCGCCGAGGAUGGCGUCGACUACCUGCGCGCCUGGGUCACCCAGCACUACUUGGAUGUGGAGGUGACGUCAGUGGGCCGCUCCUUGUCGGACUUGUUUCGUAAGUUGCGGCGGCGCUACAACCAGACAUUCCGCGACUACACGGCCGAGUUCAAUCGACUUCUGGCGCGGGUGGUGGAGUGUGGCUGCCGCUUGCCGGAUGUGGCGACGGCCUGGCUCUAUGUGGACCGGGCCAGUCUCGACGAGGCUACGGAGGUCAGCCUGCUGGCCAGUGUGGGCAACAAGUACCAGUUGGCCCAGCUACAGCAGGCGGCUAUCAUCCUCGACCGCUCGAUGAGGAAGCCGUGGGAAAAGGCCGGCAAGGAUGGCACCCGCCGGCCCCAGUCGGUGAACCUGGCGGAGGAUGCGGAAGCCGAGGGCGGAAGCGAGAUUGGGGAUGAGGAGGCGCCGACCACGGACGACCCUGACCUCGACAACGGGGAGCUCUACGUCGCCUACAUGACCGCGAAGGCCAGAUACAAGGACUCCACACGAGCCCGAGGAGUCGAUGUGGAAGCGGUCCGCAAGACCGCCGAGGAGCGAAUCAAGGCGGCAAAGCAACGGAGCUACUGUUCGGUUUGCGGACAGAAGGGCCAUUGGCACAAGGACCCCGGCUGCCCUGGCCCUCCGAAGCGCAAGCCCGAAGUACAGACCGUGCACGUGGCCCACGAGAUCGACAACCUCAAGGCGUCGACCGAGGACCACGGCCUCCUUGCCAUCACCGACUCUGCCUGCUCCAAGUCAGUUGUCGGAACAGCCUGGUACCAGGCUUAUUUGAAUAUGACCAAGGGCCGCCAACGGGAGCCCGAGAUGAUCAGCGAGCGUGAGGCAUUCCGUUUUGGUGCCAGCCGUAUCUACGAGUCGAACUUUGCCGCCGUGAUCUUCAUACCUUUAGGCGGGUACUGGGUGGCGGUCAAGACCGCCGUUAUCCACGGCGACGUGCCGCUGCUCAUCUCGAAACCGGCACUGGCCAAGCUGGGCACCUGUCUCGACCUGGAGAACGACACGGCCGACUUCCGCAAGCUCGGCAUCAGCAAUGUUCGGCUGCUCACUACGCCUUCCGGGCAUCCGUCUGUCUCCGUGUCACAUGACGACAAGGUCCCGCCGGGCCCUGAGGUGUUGAAGCCCUGGGAACCACCAGGAGUACAGAUCUUCAGCGCGACCCGCGAGGUGUACAUGACGGUUACUGCUGGGGAGGGUUUUGGGGAGAGCCUAGCACCGCGACCUAGCACCGAGUUCCCCCGUAUUUUCUUCGAGAAGAAGCUAAGCCCCGAAGCCAAGAACAUGCUGGUUGAUGAUGCACUACCUCAUGAUACCUUCCUCCAAUGGACCAUGUGGGCACAGGUUAUCCAGCUGGGUAUCCAACUCUAUGGAUCGGCCGCAGCGUGUUCAAUCGAGAACAUCCAGCUACUUUGUGCCCCCGCCUUGUGCGGGAUGUCGUCCCGCCCUCCCGCGAUAUGGAAGAUGUCGAAGACCGAGCUGCAGGCAGAGUGCGUGCGGCGGGGCAUACCCACAAUGCCCCAGUGGACGGUCCUCGAGCUGAAGCACCUCCUGGCGGAGGACUCCCGGAGCAACCCGCCCGAGGAGCCCACGCUCCCCAAGGGCCUCACGAGCAUGUCCCGCGACGAGCUUGUCAACGAGGCCGGGAGACUGGGACUGACGAUCGGGUCACGCGAGACCAAGGGGGCGAUCACUCUACGGAUCCGGGACGCCGUGGCCCCGGACCAGACGAUCAUGACCAUCGGCCGCUUCAAGGGCUCGAGCUACACCGAGAUACCGGAGAACUACGGCAAAUGGGCCUCGGACGAGGAGAGGGCCAAUGGGAGCAACAUGCACCCCGAGAUGAAGCGGUUCGUGGUGUGGCGACGAGCGCGCCGACAGCGAGAACAGACCCGUCCCGCCCCGAAGACCAAGGCCCAGGGCUACAUGAGGGUCGAGACCGAGGCUCGGAUCCCACCGCCACCUAUGAGCGAGACCGGUGCAUCGGCGUCCUCGGCCUGGUCAGUGGUGCAGACGAACGAGGAUACAGCGUGGAAGACGGACCAGAUGGCACCCACACCGUGGAGCGUGGUUGCCUACGUUGCCCGCAGCAUCCCACAUGCGUCCAAGAGUGCCAAGAACACCCUGAAGGACGUGGGGUUCCCUGUGCCUACCGCUGGUGACCUCAAGGACUACAAGCACCGGAACCACCUCGACAACAAGUCCACCACCGAGGGCCAACGACGACCACGCCGGAGCAUGCGACAGAGUCUCUGGAAGAACGUCGCGGCAAUCUGUGUGAUGAUGGCGACGGCCACCUCUGUUAUGGAUCUCUAUGUCAGGGAGAACAUCAUGCCCCGCCGGGAGCCCAAGGUUGCGAUUCUGGAGGUCGGCGACGUGCGCGCGACCUGCACCGUGGUGGGACAUUGCGAGAACUACCUGGACGUUGCGGAACCCCUGCUCUACGAGGACCUGGCCAAUGCCGACCAGCUCGAGGAGAUGGGUGUUGGCCCGGUGGAGACAGCGACCCUGAGGCACGAACCUGGCGAGCUGUGGGUUCACGUCACGAAGGACUGGGAGGACGAGCGAGUGUAUCGCGACAUCGAGGAGGCCGCCGACCAUCAACUACGUGGAGGACGAGCCGUCGUCUUCCAACGAGGGGGAGGCGACCACCACUGUUGGGCACGCGCUACAGCCGGGUGGAAAGAAGCCGGCUACACCGUGAACUACGACUUCGACCAUGAAGGCAUCGAGUACCUCCGGGUGGCCGUGCCAGAGGAGACGGAUCAGUGCAACGGCACAACAGUCGCUACGACCGAGAGCGUCUACGUCGGGGAGGCCGUGCAGGGCGACGACCAACCACCAGAAAGGAGGGCACCACCCGAUGGCGCCAAGAGUAUCCGGUUUCCUACGUCCGUGCCGAAGCACAUCGCCACGAGUCUCCGGCGACUCCACCAGAACUUGGGACACCCCUCCGAGGCCGACUUCGUUCGACACCUCCGACUAGCAGGAGCCAGCCGGGAAGUCUUGAAGGCAGCCCGUACCUUAGAGUGCCAGACCUGUGCCCGGACCAAAGCGACAGCUAUCGCCAAGCCGGCUAAGAUCGGAUCUUGCCUGAGUUUCAACGAGGUGGUGGGAGUCGACCUCUUCUACGUCCACGACACCGAAGGACACAAACACGAGCUCCUAUCCAUCGUCGACUACUCCUCCGCCUACCACGUGGUCGUGCCUGUGGCAAAGAAAGAUACCUGGCAUCUCGAACGAGCAUUUUGCCAGGGAUGGGGAAACCACUUCGGAGUUCCUCAGGUUGCCACGGUCGACUUGGAGAACGGCCUCCAAAAGUCAUUGGCCCGUGUUGGAGAUUGGUCCGGCAUGCAACUGAAAUCCGCUGCUGGACAGGCCCACUGGCAGGCCGGCUUUGCAGAACGGCAAGGAGGGAUCUGGAAAUCAGUGUUCCACCGAGUCAACGAGGAGAUGUCCGUGACCAAGGCGGAGAUCCACCUAGCGGUCCAAGCGGUGUCCCAGGCCAAGAAUGACCUCAUCCGAGCCAAUGGCUAUAGCCCCCGACAACACGUUUUUGGGGCUACCGCGCGGCUGCCAGAAGACCUACUUGACGGGCCUCAUGCCCGUGCCGCCCGCGACGACCCGGUCAUCGACGACAAGCACGCGCGGGAGGUCGCAUUGAGGACGGGGGCGAGGCCCGCUUUUCAUCAUGUGCAGACGGAUGAUCGAGUCCGACGCGCACUGGCAGGCCGAGCGCGAGUUCUACAUCGUCGACCAGAGGUCGGGGAACAGGUGUUUUUCUUCCGGCACCUGAAGAACUCCAAGCGAGGGGUGUGGAAGGGCCCCGGAACCGUCAUAGGUGAAGAAGGAGCCAACUUCUGGAUCACCAAAGCUGGACGUUGUGUGCUCUGUGCACCAGAGCACAUACGGCUCGCCACGGCCGAAGAGUUGGGACAGGCUUUCACCAUGAGGGCGGCCCGGGAAGACCUCGAGCGCUUACUGGCCAAAGAAAUAGACGACGAUGAGGCGUUCGCAGAGGACAUGGAGGUGGACGCCGUAGAGGAGGAGAUGGACUACGACAUCGAGGACAACGACGACAUCCUGGCCGAGGAGAUGGGCGUCCAACUGGCAAUGGAGGAGGACGAACUACAACCCAGCCGCGGGAGCCGUCGCAGCUUGGAGGGACCAAGGGCGUCUAUCCUGAAACGCCGGCGGCAAAAGGGGCCACCAACCGAAGGCGAGGCCGCGGUGCCCCCCCAGGAAGCUCACAUGUUGCGGCGUGCCAAGACGGAAAGAUCCCGAGCUAAGCAGCUCGAGAAGGAGAUACCAUGGCACCAGAUCCCUGAACAGGUUCGCCACCUCUUCAUCGAGGCGGAAAAGAAACAAUGGGCGGAGCACAUCAGUCACGACGCCCUUGAGGUCCUGGACUUGAACGCCAGCCGCCGUGUCCGGGAGCAGGUGCCGAAGGAGAGGAUUCUCCCCUCUCGCUAUGCGUACCGCGACAAGAACAUGGGCAAGCGCAAGGCCGUUCCCGACACACCGUGGCGUGCCAAGGCACGUCUGGUGGUAGGGGGACAUCUAGACCCCGACCUGGCGACCGGGAACAUUUCCACCGACAGCCCCACCGUGAACCGCGCCUCGCUUAUUCUUCUCCUACAACUCGCGGCCUCAUGGAACUGGUGUUUGACCGCGGGUGACAUUCAGGCCGCCUUCCUCAACGGCCUGGCGAUCGGGAGAGACCUCUACAUGGAACAACCCCGUGGCGGAGUGGAAGGGCUGGAUCCAGCCCAGCUGCUGAAGAUCAAGAAGGGAGUCUUCGGACUUGCUGAGUCCCCUCGGAUGUGGUACGAUAGACUCCGCGAAGUCCUUUCCCAGGAGGAUUUCAUGAUCGAAGGAGUGGUGCACAAACUGGUGCCCUGCCCGCUGGACCCGUGCGUCUUCUGCCUACAGACCGAGGACGAUCCCAAGCCGAAGGGGUACAUCGCCAUCCACGUGGACGACCUGUUGAUCAUCGCCCCGCCCAAGGUCGCCGCCGACCUCAAGGAGAAGAUUAGCCUCCUCUUUCCGGUCGACGACUGGGAAACCGACGACUUCGACUACAUUGGGUCCCGUAUCACAAAGAAGGACGGGAAGAUCACAGUACACCAGACCGCCUUCGUGGAGGGCCGUCUCUUCAACAUCGACGUGCCUAAGGACCAGCCCGCCGACGAGCCCGCCACCGAGGAGCAGGGGAUCGACAACCGGUCACUGAUAGGAGCUCUGAGCUGGCUCUCGAGCCAGACAAGGCCAGACCUUCAGUGCAGCGUGGCCCUCGCACAACAGCUCCAGAAGGCCCCGACUACUCAGGACGUGCGGUUCACCAACACAGUGGCACAGCGUGCAGCUGCUUGCAAGGAUAAAGCGCUUACUCUACACCCUAUCAAGCUGGAGGAUGCCGAGCACGAGGAGAGCGAAGAGGGCUUCCGCUUGACGCCGGAGGAGAUCCGACAAGGCGAGAUGGGCUACGACCUCUACACGCCGGAGCGACCUCGACAACCGAAGCGCAACCGGUCCAAGCUUGCGUCCCAGCUUGGCUACCUGAUCUGCCUCGGCGAACGGAAACUGGUCAGGGGAGAACGCUCACCAUUGAGCAUUCUCGAGUGGAGGAGCCAGGCAUGCCAACGGGUGUGCCGCAGCACGUUCGGAGCCGAGACCAUGUCGGCCGUGGAAGCACUGGAGGCAGGGCAGUACCUACGGGCACUACUAGCAACGCUGGUAGAAGGGCCCCUGGUGCGGCUCGCUCAAGCACGCUACUUUUGCCCCCUCCUCUCGCUGACCGACUGCAAGUCCGUCCAUGAUCACCUCCACCGAGCUGGGCAACCGAGGAUCCCCGCCGACCGUCGGCUGGGAAUCGACUUGGCUGCACUUCGUCAAGACUUGCAGGCCGAGGUCCCGAACGGAGAGUCCAAGCAGACCGGGAUACCCCUACGAUGGAUACCGACCGAGAUCCAGUUAGCGGAUAUACUCACAAAGCCGAAGAAGGGGGAGCCCUGGUGGAGCAUGAUAGACGAGGGAGUGAUUUUACCCUUUACGGGAGUUGUGCCAAGCCUCCGAAGAGAGGCAGGAAAGUUUUGA